AUGGCAGCUUCCUUGGAAGAAGUCGACCCAAGGCUAAAAGCCCACACAGAGCUAGUAAACUGGUUCGUUCAGCAUGGUGGCACAGUUGACAAGAGCGUGCGCAUCGCACAAGACGCCUCGCGCGGCGUGCACUUGCAAGUGAAAAAAGACUGGCCAGAAGCCAUCCCGAAAGAGACCCGGGUGAUAAACACUCCAAUCAAAGUGUCAAUGUCUUGGUACAAUUCCAUUGGCUACGAGUCACCACGGGGCUCGUUCCCUAAACACGGUGUUGACCUACCGCGGACAUGGAUCGACCAGGUCGGGCCGGAGGAGACUUUUGCCUUCUUCCUCAUGGGCCAGUAUCUACGAGGGCCUGAAGGAUUCUGGUAUCCGUAUAUUCGUACCCUGCCUCAGCCGGGUCAAUUGACCACCCCUUUGUUCUUUGGUGAGGAGGAUGUAGAUUGGAUCCAGGGUACUGGCAUUCCUGAGGCUGCCGUCGAGAGGAUUAAGAUAUGGGAGCAGAAGUAUGAUUUGGGCUAUCUCCAGUUGGAUGCAAUUGGAUUCCCGGAUUGUGAGCAGUAUACGUGGGAGCUGUAUCUCUGGGCUUCAACUAUCAUUACCUCCCGAGCAUUCUCGUCCAAGGUUCUAUCUGGGGCUGUCGAGCCUGAUGACCUCCCAGAGGAUGGAGUCUCGGCGCUGCUUCCGCUCAUUGAUCUCCCAAACCAUCGACCAAUGGCGAAGGUUGAGUGGCGAGCGGGCGAUGAGGAUAUUGGCCUUCUUGUGCUUGAAGAUCACUCAGCAGGCCAAGAAAUUUCCAACAAUUACGGCCCUCGUAAUAACGAACAACUGUUGAUAAACUAUGGAUUCUGCAUUGCCGGCAACCCAACCGAUUAUCGCAUAGUUCAUCUGGGUGUGAAGUCCGACAGCCCGCUCGGCAAAGCCAAGGCUCGCCAGCUAGAACUAUUUCCUCAGGUUGCUAAGAAUAUCGAGGACCACUAUUACAUCUUCAAUCCUUUUUACCCACUACUGGCUCCCGAAACAAAGAUGGAGCACUCGAUCUUCUCACCGGCAUUGUUCGACGCGUUGACCGUCAUGGAAUCGAACCCACGCGAGCGCAAAAUGCUGGAGAUCACGGAGGGCUGUAUUCGCAUUCCCCCGGGAUAUGGAAACAGCCAUGGUAUCUAUGCUGCCCUCGCUCAGAUUAGCUUCGAGCUAAUGGCUCAUGCCACAAAUCUGAAAGCCAGUGCGGAGCAUCUGCCUUUGCAGCCAGCUACCCUGAACCAGACACACUCCCAGAUCUACCGCAACGGACAGAUAGCAUUAGACCAGGCUGCCUUGGUUAUCGCUACGUGGACAAUCACACGCGGCAGGGAACACAAGCGUGGUGAAAGUUGGGAUGAUACCAAGGUCCUCCUACAUGAACUAAUGGCACGCGUCCCGGCCGGCCUUCUCUCAGACGAUGUCAUGUCCCGGAUACGAGUGCGUAUCCUGGAGCGUCCGUCCCUCAUCACUAGAAAUGGUGAGCUGUUCAGGUUAGGUGAGCUUUUCAGCCUUCUCCCGGCUGAAAUGCAGGAGCCAGCUCAGGCAUGCUUCCAGCACGCUCUCGCAGAGGCGAGCCAGGUCAUCCUGAGUAUAUCCACCGAUCCACAAACUCUGUUUGCAAUGGUUAUUUGCUUACUAGUCGCCACAUAUAAUUCGCCAGAGGCACGGUCAACAUUGUCGUCGCGUCUCAACCGAUGGUUUACUUUCCUGCUUGAGCAAUACCCUCCGCCUUCUAACACUUCCAGAUCUAUUGAAACUGGCGUGGAUGAAGCCAGCGAAACACUCCGUCAAUUCCAACAAUAUGCUAUGGCAGGACAACCAAGCUCAUUGGCUCCCGGUGACGGAGUUAAUUGGCUUACCGAGGAUAGUGGGUGGUUGGACUCAGAGUGGCUUCAAUGGGCAUGGACAGUGGCAGGCUCGGAAAUGGUGAUGAUUCCUCUCGAGCCAUUUGAGAUCCUCAAGAUGGAAGGAUCACUGUCUAUUUUGAAACAGGCAUGCCUCUAUGUACCACAAGAAGCGGCGGCUCCCUCCACCUCCUCCCUCUCCCACCUCUCGACCCGCUCCCUCCGCGCCCAGGGGGCGUCCGCCCGCUCCUUCGCAUCUGUGUCGGAGGCGCCUCCCGUGAAGCACUAUGGCGGACUUCAGGACCAAGAUCGGAUCUUCACCAACCUUUACGGACACCACGGAGCGGAUUUGAAGUCAUCAAUGAAAUAUGGUGACUGGUACCGGACCAAGGAUAUGAUUUUGAAGGGUGAUGAUUGGCUCAUCUCGGAAAUCAAGGCAUCUGGUCUUCGUGGCCGUGGUGGUGCUGGUUUCCCUUCAGGAUUGAAAUACUCGUUCAUGAACUUCAAGGAUUGGGACAAGGACCCUCGCCCCCGUUAUCUGGUUGUCAACGCAGAUGAGGGUGAGCCCGGUACUUGCAAGGACCGAGAGAUCAUGCGCAAGGACCCGCAGAAGCUGAUCGAGGGUUGCUUGGUGGUGGGUCGUGCUAUGAACGCCAACGCCGCCUACAUCUACAUCCGUGGCGAGUUCUACCACGAAGCUACUGUUCUCCAGCGGGCUAUCAACGAGGCCUACGAGGCUGGCCUGAUCGGCAAGAACGCCUGCGGUUCCGGAUACGACUUCGACGUGUACAUUCACCGAGGAAUGGGCGCCUACAUUUGUGGAGAGGAGACCUCGCUCAUUGAGUCCAUUGAGGGUAAGGCCGGCAAGCCUCGCCUCAAGCCUCCCUUCCCCGCCGCCGUUGGUCUGUUCGGUUGCCCCAGCACAGUCACCAACGUUGAGACCGUUGCUGUGACACCGACGAUCAUGCGCCGCGGUGCCAGCUGGUUCUCUUCCUUCGGCCGUGAGCGUAACGCCGGUACCAAGCUUUUCUGUAUCUCCGGUCACGUCAACAACCCCGUCACAGUAGAGGAGGAGAUGUCCAUCUCGCUGCGCGAGCUGAUCGAGAAGCACUGUGGAGGUGUCCGCGGUGGUUGGGACAACCUGCUCGCCGUUAUCCCUGGUGGCUCCUCGACCCCCGUCAUCCCCAAGUCCGUGGCCGACAACCAGCUCAUGGACUUCGACGCCCUCAAGGACUCCCAGUCCGGUCUCGGUACCGCUGCCGUCAUCGUCAUGGACAAGUCCACAGAUAUCGUCCGCGCCAUUUCCCGCCUGUCUACCUUCUACAAGCACGAGUCUUGCGGCCAGUGCACUCCCUGCCGUGAGGGCAGCAAAUGGACCAUGCAGAUGAUGCAGCGUCUCGAGACCGGCAAUGCCCGCGAGCGCGAAAUCGACAUGCUCCAGGAGCUCACCAAGCAGGUCGAGGGCCACACUAUCUGCGCUCUGGGUGAGGCCUUCGCCUGGCCCAUCCAGGGUCUGAUCCGCCACUUCCGUCCCGAGCUGGAGGCCCGUAUCCGCCAAUACGAGAAGGAGCUUGGCGCUGCUCCCUUCGCUGGCGGCUGGCACCCCAACAGCCGUGCUGAGGGCAAGCUGAUCUCCCCUGGCAUGUAA